AUGGUCUUCAAAGCAGUUGCCAUUGCUACACUACUUGCCGUGGCGCAGGCCCGUUUUAAUCAAGAACAAAUUCCGAUCCCAGCCAUUGCAGCUGUUCAAGGUGGCGCUCCAGGAGUGGCGCAAACCAUUGCUGGUGCUGCUAUAAGCGAUCUACUGGCCGCAACCAAUGCCUGUGACAAGCUCAAGCGUGGUGACCAAAUCAUAGCCGAGCUGGGAACUGGGGCUGACGCCAUUGCUGCUGCUAUUGGCAUCGUUGCUGCGGAGAAGAAUUUCAACCCCUUCGUGCAGUCGAUUCCUACCAUCUGUGAUGACCCUACUCUGCCGGCUACAGAUGUCCUCCGAGGUAUCACGCCUCAGAUUGAUCCGGCAGUCGUUGGCUCAGAUAUCGCAAACGCCUUGUCCGCUACGACCCGGGUGACUCCGCUGGACGCUACCGGCAAGAGUGUCGCAGACCUGCUGGCCGAAAAUGGCUUCACCAACUUCACUGCACAGUCUGCUACCGGUGCUACCGGUGCUGCUCCAGCUGGAUCGUCGAAUGCUGCAACCGCUGUCUCCAGCGCCACGGGGGCCGCCGCAACUACAGUAGCCAAUGUUUGUGGCGCCGUUGACACAUCUGUUGUAGCCUCUACAACCACAGCCGCUGUCGCAACCAUGACUGCCGCGCCAGCUACGACAGACAAUGCCACCGACACCUCGACCGUGAGCGGAGCUGAUUUCGGUCUCUGCGUGCCGACCAUGAAAUUCGAAGGCGGGCUCGGUGGCCGGCCCGCCACUGAAUUUACCUUCUUGCCUAUCGACCCGCUCUGUGCUCAGGGUCAGCAGGAGGCGUUGAAUCCAAAUAUCAUCACCAACCGAAUCUGCGACCAACUCACCAACGUCUGUCAAGCCAAUGACGCCGCGAAGACCUUGUGCCGAAGUGUCCAGGCCCAGAUCCAGGCGCUAGGAACCAGAGACAAGUCGACCGCAGACACCUGGAACACGAACCUCGGGUUCGCUGGGGCGGUCACGAACCCUGACGGCGGUCCUGCCGAGCCACCCGCGAAGAUGAGAGUGGUUCGGUCUUAUAGAGACUACUAG